UUGUCAUGUAAACAGAAACAAGAUACGCUUUUAUUGAAAUAUAUUGUAUAGGCUAUAUAACCUAGUUAAUACAUACUUUAUCUAACACUUUACUGAUCUGCUUAUUUCAAAAAUAACAGAAUUCAAGCGUUUAAAACGGUUCGAGAUAGCGGAUUUAAAAAAAAGGAAUAAAAACGAGGAAAUAAGAGAAAAUGGAGUUUUUGUUUCGAAUUUACAUGUUUUACAUAAUCCUCCAUGGAAUAAAUGCAAUAGCUUGCAGCAGUAAUGCAGACUGUCCCAAUGGAAGCAACAUGACUUGCGAUCUACAAAACUUUCAUUGUAUAUACGCUUGCAGCAGUGAUGCAGACUGUCCCCAGGGAAACAACAUGACUUGCAAUCUACAAAAGUUUCAUUGUAUAAACUCUUGUGGCAGUGAUGCAGACUGUCCCAAGGUUAACAACUUCACUUGUAGCAGUGUCAAUGAAUGCGAGUGUCCAUCUAAUUAUUUCCUAUAUCACAAUUAUUGUCUGUACGAUUGUGGAGAUCCGCCAGUUUUUGAAGUAAAUGGAAUAAACUUAAACUAUACCUUACACUAUGCUAACGGUUUUGAAGAUUAUUUGGUAUUUUAUAAUUGUCCUGGCGGCUAUACUACGCAAUGGGAUUAUAUAGGGGUGUGUCGAGAAGGAGGCUGGACAGCUUAUUAUUUUUAUGACGGUUUCAGAGAAGUGUGGAGUGACGUCUGCUCACGCGGCUGUGGGAAUUUACCAGCUAUAACUAAUGGAAAUAUGACUCUUGAUUGUACUACCACUGUCGGUAGCACAGCUACGGUGUAUUGUUCUGAUGGAUAUUCAGGUAAUGCCUCAAGUAUUACAUGCUUAGACACGGGGCAAUGGGAAGUUGCUAACUGUACUUUAAAAGACUGUGGAGAUGUCCCAACAAUAUCCAAUGGAACCAUUCAUCUAAAAGAAAUAGGAAAUACCACAUACGGAGCUUUAGCAGAAGUAGUGUGUGAAAAUGGCUAUAACGAAACUCUAGAUUUUAUCGAGUGUCGCGAUACAGGGGAAUGGGAUGCCGUUGGGUGUUCUUUGGUUGAUUGUGGAAUACUUCCACCAAUUGAUAAUGGAAGCAUUGUUUUGAUAGAGGACGGCAAUAGCUCAUUCGGUGCUUUAGCUGAAGUGACGUGCUACAUUGGCCAUAGCGCGACAUUAGAAACCAUAAUGUGUCGGAAUACUGGGAAAUGGGAUAAUACUUCAUGUGAAGUUAUAAAUUGCGGAGAUGUGCCUAUUGUUAUAAAGGGAUCUGUUACAUUAUUAGAAGAACAUAACACAACGUAUAGCGCACUUGCAAACGUGAGCUGUGAUACAGGUUACAAUUCAAGCAUAGGCAUAAUACAAUGUCUAGAAACGGGACAAUGGCAAACAACUGAAUGUCAGCUACUUGAUUGUGAGACAGUUCCGGUAAUUGCUAAUGGACAAAUUACUCUUAAACAAGAUGGAAAUACCACGUAUGCAGCAAUAGCGAAUGUUUCAUGUUCAACAGGAUAUAACGCUACAGUAGAUGUUAUACUGUGUCUAGAUACAGGAGAAUGGGAUAAUGCAACAUGUAAAUUAAUAGAUUGUAGUGCUGCCCCAAAAGUUGCAAACGGAAACGUAGCUUUACUCGGAGAAGAAAAUACUACAUAUGGAGCAUUAGCGGAGAUAACCUGUGAGACCGGUUAUAAUUCUUCUGUGCAAACUAUACAGUGUCGUGAUACCGGAGUCUGGGAUACUGCAACAUGCGAUUUAAUUGACUGUGGAGAUGUCCCAACAAUACCCAAUGGAACCAUUCAUCUAAAAGAAGAAAGAAAUACCACAUACCGAGCUUUGGCGGAAGUAGUGUGUGAAAAUGGCUACAACGAGACUCUAGAUUUUAUCGAAUGUCGCUAUACAGGGGAAUGGGAUGCCGUUGGAUGUUCUUUAAUUGAUUGUGGAAUGCCUCUACUGAUUGAUAAUGGAAGCAUUACUUUGAUAGAGGACGGCAAUAGCUCAUUCGGUGCUUUAGCUGAAGUGACGUGCUACAUUGGCCAUAGCGCGACAUUAGAAACCAUAAUGUGUCGUAAUACUGGGAAAUGGGAUAACACUUCAUGUGAAAGUAUAAAUUGUGGAGACGUGCCUACUGUUAUAAAGGGAUCUGUUACAUUAUUAGAAGAACAUAACACAACGUAUAGCGCACUUGCAAACGUAAGCUGUCAUACAGGUUACAAUGCAAGCAUAGGUAUAAUACAAUGUCUAGAAACGGGACAAUGGCAAACAACUGAAUGUCAGCUACUUGAUUGUGAAUCUGUACCAGUCGUUUUGAAUGGGGAAGUCGCAUUGAUAGAAGCUGAUAAUACAACCUAUGGACAAUUGGCAGAGGUCACGUGCAAUAAAGGUUACAAUUCCACCUCCGGAAAAAUAAAGUGUCUAGAAACUGGAAAAUGGGAAACCACACAAUGUGAAAUAUUGAAUUGCGAGGCUGUUCCGGUCAUCGCUAAUGGACAAGUUACUCUUACACAAGAUGGAAAUACCACGUAUGGAGCGAUAGCGAAUGUAUCAUGUUCAAUAGGAUAUAAUGCGACAGUAGAUAUUAUACUGUGUCUAGAUACAGGAGAAUGGGAUAAUGCAACAUGUAAUUUAAUAGAUUGUGAGACAGUUCCGGUAAUUGCUAAUGGACAAAUUACUCUUAAACAAGAUGGAAAUACCACGUAUGGAGCAAUAGCGAAUGUUUCAUGUUCAACAGGAUAUAACGCUACAGUAGAUGUUAUACUGUGUCUAGAUACAGGAGAAUGGGAUAAUGCAACAUGUAAAUUAAUAGAUUGUAGUGCUGCCCCAAAAGUUGCAAACGGAAACGUAGCUUUGCUCGGAGAAGAAAAUACUACAUAUGGAGCAUUAGCGGAGAUAACCUGUGAGACCGGUUAUAAUUCUUCUGUGCAAACUAUACAGUGUCGUGAUACCGGAGUCUGGGAUACUGCAACAUGCGAUUUAAUUGACUGUGGAGAUGUCCCAACAAUACCCAAUGGAACCAUUCAUCUAAAAGAAGAAAGAAAUACCACAUACCGAGCUUUGGCGGAAGUAGUGUGUGAAAAUGGCUACAACGAGACUCUAGAUUUUAUCGAAUGUCGCUAUACAGGGGAAUGGGAUGCCGUUGGAUGUUCUUUAAUUGAUUGUGGAAUGCCUCUACUGAUUGAUAAUGGAAGCAUUACUUUGAUAGAGGACGGCAAUAGCUCAUUCGGUGCUUUAGCUGAAGUGACGUGCUACAUUGGCCAUAGCGCGACAUUAGAAACCAUAAUGUGUCGUAAUACUGGGAAAUGGGAUAACACUUCAUGUGAAAGUAUAAAUUGUGGAGACGUGCCUACUGUUAUAAAGGGAUAUGUUACAUUAUUAGAAGAACAUAACACAACGUAUAGCGCACUUGCAAACGUAAGCUGUCAUACAGGUUACAAUGCAAGCAUAGGUAUAAUACAAUGUCUAGAAACGGGACAAUGGCAAACAACUGAAUGUCAGCUACUUGAUUGUGAAUCUGUACCAGUUGUUUUGAAAGGGGAAGUCGCAUUGAUAGAAGCUGAUAAUACAACGUAUGGACAAUUGGCAGAGGUCACGUGCAAUAAAGGCUACAAUUCAACCUCCGGAACAAUAAAGUGUCUAGAAACUGGAAAAUGGGAAACCACACAAUGUGAAAUAUUGAAUUGCGAGGCUGUUCCGGUCAUCGCUAAUGGACAAGUUACUCUUACACAAAAUGGAAAUACCACGUAUGGAGCGAUAGCGAAUGUAUCAUGUUCAACAGGACAUAACGCGACAGUAGAUACUAUACUAUGUCUAGAUACAGGAGAAUGGGAUAAUGCAACAUGUAAUUUAAUAGAUUGUGAGACAGUUCCGGUAAUUGCUAAUGGACAAAUUACUCUUAAACAAGAUGGAAAUACCACGUAUGGAGCAAUAGCGAAUGGUUCAUGUUCAACAGGAUAUAACGCUACAGUAGAUGUUAUACUGUGUCUAGAUACAGGAGAAUGGGAUAAUGCAACAUGUAAAUUAAUAGAUUGUAGUGCUGCCCCAAAAGUUGCAAACGGAAACGUAGCUUUACUCGGAGAAGAAAAUACUACAUAUGGAGCAUUAGCGAAGAUAACCUGUGAGACUGGUUAUAAUUCCUCCGUGCAAACCAUACAGUGUCGUGAUACCGGAGUCUGGGAAACUGCAACAUGCGAUUUAAUCGUUUGUGAACCAUCACCAACAAUAGAAAACGGAAAAGUAUAUUUACAAGAAGAAAGCAAUUAUUCUUUUGGUGCAAUAGCUCGUAUUGACUGUGAAACAGGAUAUAUUGCAAGUAUUAUUGCUAUACAAUGCCGUGAAAAUGGGACUUGGGAUACUGCCAUCUGUUCAAUAAUAGAUUGUGGCAGACUAGAUGAUCCAAUGAAUGGUAAUAUCAAUACUUCUAAUGGUACAACAUAUGGUUCAACUGCCACAUAUACAUGUGAUGAAGGUCUUGAUAUUAUUGGUGAUGUAACUCGAAUAUGUGAUUCAAACGGAAAAUGGAGUAACACGAAGCCAGAUUGUUUACUUAAAGGUGCAAAGAGGUGUCCGGAUAAUACCGACGAAAGAGGAACUGUUUGGAAAGCAAUCGCAGGGGGAAGAAACAGAAGCAACGCGUGUCAAACUAAUUUUACUGGUACUGUAAAUCGACAGUGUGGAAUUGAUGGAUUCUGGAAGUUUCCCCAGUACCUGUGUAUACGUGAAUCAGUUAAAAAAGUUAUAAACACGAUAGAUUUGUUAAAUGAAGAUACAUCACAUCAAGAUGUUUUGAACGCUUUACAAGGUCUAAAAGAUGUAACCACGCAAGCUGAAAAUAUAGUUGAGCAAGAUAAACUGACUGAUUUUGAAGUAAGCAGGUUAAUAACAUCAACGGAGACAGUUGCAGUUCUUUUAUCAUCGUCACCAAACUUAAUCAAUAACCAACUUACAGAUGUGUUUACUGAGACAAUAAGCAACUUGAUAGAUGUAAAGAACUCUGGAAGUUGGAAUGCAAUAACACAAAAUAGUAGUGAAGUGGCCAAGAAAAUGUUAGCUUCUGUGGACACACUUGGUAAUGCAAUGGCAAUACGAGUGAAUUCUACAGGAAAUAGUUUACCGGCAGUUGUAAAACCAAACAUAGCGCUACACGUGAAAGCAGUGUCAUCAAACAAUUUUGUUUUCCCUGGUUCUGAUGCAGUACAGGAAACCAGCAGUGAUAAUUGGUUACGAGCAACAGAUAGUCAAAUUAAGUUUAACCCAGCUUCCUUUGGCGGAACAUCUCAGCAACCUGUAGUAUCAGCUGCAAUAUAUAAAGAUAUUUCAAUUAUAAUGCCGGAUAAAAGUGAUAACGAGCAGCUCAAUGGUCAAGUUUUGUCAUUUUCUACAUUGCCUCCAUUAAAUGGCACUUUUGAUCCGCCAAUCACCAUGAAAUUUGAGCUGACUAAUGAACAAUUGACAAGUGCGACAUGCAGUUUUUGGGAAACCGGAAAAAGCGGAUCAGGUGCCUGGGCAAAUGAAGGAUGCACUGGUAGAUCUAUCAGUGAAAAUUUGACAGAAUGCGAAUGUAAUCACACAACAAACUUUGCUGUAAUUCUAAGUUUGCAAGAUUGUGGAGGAUUAGGAUCCCUUGGCAAUGGUGAGAUUGACAACUCUGCUGGCACUACGUACAAAGCAACGGCAAAUUUCAGAUGUAAUAAAGGAUAUAAUAUUAAUGGUGCUAAUACAAGCAUGUGUUUAUAUAAUGGCUCUUGGAGCGCCCCAGUUCCAUCUUGCUUUAUCAAAGAUUGUGGUAUUCUCAGUAAUCCAUCAAACGGUAAUGUAUCAACACCUAAAGGAACGACAUUUGAAAACAAAGCAGAUUACAGUUGUGACAACGGAUAUAUUCUAAAUGGCACAGAAACCCGUCUUUGUUUAUUAACGGGAUCAUGGUCUUCCACUGCCCCGACAUGUGUGAAAGAAGUACAAACACCUAAAACUUGUAAGGAGAAUGUAGACAGUAGAGGACUAACUUGGCAAGAAACAAUAUCUGGAAAUACUCGGAAUGAACUUUGCCAAAGCGGAUUUACAGGUUCAAGAUCUAGAACAUGUGGUGCUGGCGGAGUGUGGAACUUGCCACAAUAUGAUUGCGUUCGUAAAUCGAUAGUAAAAAUUAUCGAAACGGUUAGUGUGCCAAUACAAUUUUAUUCUUGA